AUGCUCUCCCCUGUCCGUCUGUCACCCGGGCGCGCAUCCUACGACCGCGUUGAGACCAUGGAAUCCCCCGGAGAGGAGAAAUACUCCAUGUCGUAUUCUUCGCACGCACCCAUCAAUACUGCGCCCACGUAUCCUCCCAUGUCAUCCAUGCCUGCACCCAGUGGUGCUCGCUCGAACGACUACGCGUACAACGAUGCAGAGUCUCAGUCGCAGGGCACCAGCACAAGGAAACAUAGACGUACAGGAGACGGAGCAUCGCGCCCUGGUUUAUCCAGCAGUCAGAGUUGGGACCUAUUCGCCGGAGUGAGGAAAGGGUAUCAGGAUUUUGAUACUGCGAACGCGUCUGAACAGCAUCUGGCUUUCGCCGACGGCGAUGUCCCCAAGACUGCGCUUGUUCGAUUUUACAAUUAUUUGCUGAACGUUUCGAUCAUCACGCGUUGGACACUCUUCAUCGUUCCCAUGGCGGGUCUCCUCUGGAUCCCGGGUAUCCUGCAACUCACCACAUUUCCUAACGCAGCUAUAUGGGGUGUGAAACUUGUCUGGUGGAGUAUAUGGCUCUCAGUGGUCUGGGUCGGGUGGUGGGCCAGUCUUGCUGCUUCGAUGAUUCUCCCCAUCUUUGUCCGGGCUACCCUGGGCGUUGUUGCCGUCGGGCUGCGUCGAUAUAUAGAUUGGUUGACUGCUCUGAAAAGAUACUUGGCUUUAUUUGGCUGGACACUUGCUGUCUGGAUAUCUUUCCAGCCUCUCAUCAACACGCGUCAGGCCUCAGAUGCCAGCAGUUCCAGCAAGAAUGCGCUAGACCUUGCGGCAAAGCUUCUCUUUGCGAUCUACAUCUGCGCCGGUGUUUUGUUGUUCGAGAAGUUCAGCAUCCAAUGGAUUGCAACAAAGUUCCACGAAGAGUCGUACGCAGAGCGUAUUGCGCAUCAGAAAUUCGCCGUGGGGGUCAUUACGACUCUGUACAGACACUCGCACAAUAUCAUGGGGCGCUCUGAUACGCUAAGGGAUAACACUAGCGGCACUGCGAAGGGAGUGAAUGCGGAUCCUCGCAAAGUACUCAAACGCGCGUUGAAGGGCGUGAAAAGUGCCGCUAAAAGUACCACGACGGUCUUCGGAAACGUGGCAUCUGAGAUCGCCGGUACUUCGAUCCUACAGCCCAACUCGCCUCAGUCGAUGGUCCAGGCAGCCCUCGAAUCUGCGAACAAGACACGCCUUUUGGCACGGCGCUUGUUCUACUCUUUUGUCUCUCAGGGCGCAGACGUCCUGUAUGUUACAGAUAUCCAUCCGUACUUUGGAAAUGCGAUGGAUGCCGAUCUUGCUUUCACGCUGUUCGACAAGGAUGGCAAUGGCGAUGUCACGCGCGACGAACUGGAAUUAGCCUGCUUAGAGAUUCACCGCGAGCAGCUGUCCAUCGAGCGCUCCGUCGCUGAUAUCGAUAGCGCCGUAGGACGGCUGGAUAACAUCCUGAUGUCUCUUUACGUCCUGAUAGCGAUGCUCAUCAUCGCAGUAGCUCUGGAGGCGCAGCUUGCGUCCGUUAUUACUGCCGCCGGCACCUUUGUGCUGGGUCUCAGCUGGCUCAUCGGCAGCAGCUUGGCGGACGUUCUGACAAGUAUCAUCUUUCUGUUCAUCAAGCACCCCUUCGACGUCGGCGACCGAGUCGACCUGCCCGAAGGCAGCUACACCGUCAAGCAGAUCGAUCUUCUCAGCACAAUCUUUCUUGAUUCACAGGGCACGCUCGUUCAGGCGCCGAACACGGUCUUGUCGACGCUCUUCAUCAAGAACAUCCGGCGCAGUGGCCAACAAUCCGAGCCUUUUGUGUUUGAUGUCGCCUACGACACGUCCUUUGAACAGAUUGAGCAACUCCGCAAGAAGAUGUUACAGUUUGUCGGCGAGAAUGGCCGCGAUUAUCAGCCUUCUUUCGACAUACUCGUAUCGGAUAUUCCCGAGCAGACGAAGAUGUCGUUGACGGCGAGCAUCCUUUACAAGAGUAAUUGGCAGCAGGGCGCCAUCAAGGCUCGCCGCCGUAAUAAGUGGAUCUGUGCACUCAAGCAAUACCUUGCCGAGACGGGCAUCUACGGACCAGAAGGUAAUCCGGAUAAGUCUACAGGCCCAAAGGAAUACACGCUGGUCCCGUGGGACGAGGUGCGAAGCAAUCAGAUGGCACACGCUAUGCCACAGCCAUCACCCACGAUGCCCUCCGCGGGCUGGCGUCUCGCAAGCGCGAACGCAACCAACCUCGGUGCUGAGGACGUAUUCGGUGAAGGCAGUGAGCUCCGCUUACGAACCCCGCGUCCAUCUCAACCACCGUCUGGCUCUACGUCACGAGCCAUGCCAUCGCCGACCUCGCAAAUGCCAGACAUGCCCACUGCAGCCUCUACGGCCAUGCCGGACAGCAUGCGCCCACCGCCGAUCAAUACAAACCCCUAUAUCACAACAGCAGUUGAAGGCGCAGACAUUGAAUUGCGGUCUCGCUGA